GGGGUCCUGGCUCCGGGACACUGGGAGACUGCGAAGAACGCGCUCCCUGUCCCAUAUCGCUGAGACUUGUACAGGUGGGGGCUCUUGGCCGCCAGAGGAGCGCUGUGCAGCAGGGAGGGGGCUUCCUGGACCUUAGAUCUCAGGUCUGAGGCCCCCAUCUCACCCGUGUUUCUUUCCUCUGGGCCUGCUCUUUCCUGGACCUCCUGUUCUGGGUUCGGGUUCUGCUCGGUGUCUGCUCCUGGCCAAGUAUCCACCCCUGGCCAUGCUCUGCGGUCCUAGGAGCAGCCAGACACAGACCCUCCAGGCCAGGGUUGCAUGGAGAUGAGAGUUGGGAGCUCAGUGGUCCUUUCUGUGCCUGGGGCUCUUUGGCCUCAGCUCUGACCUGACUCCUUGGCUGGGCUCCUGGGUGGGUGAGGGUGGGGGGCUCUGCUCUCACUUCAGCCUGGCCCUGGUGCCUGCCUGGCCAGGAGAGGGAGGCGCCUGCCUCCUCACUCCCAUGGCCCAGGCCCGCCAUCUUGAGACCUGUGGCACCCAGGGCCCCGCCCGGGUCCAGCACCCAGGGGAGUGGUCUUCAAGGGGAUGCACCCAUGUCCACUUGCAUCCCUUUCUCCCCAAAUGUGGGGCCCUGGGUCCCCCCAACCUUGGAAGAUCACCUUCAUGCUGGAUGAACAGGACACGCAUCCUCGGGGGCUCUUCUUCCCCUACAAAGAGCACUUGCACCCCAUACACUCCCCAGGAGCUGAGCCCGGCCUUCGCUCUUCCCUGGGGUCCCCCACUCACUCAGGGCCGGCACCUGGCAGGCUGUUCUGUCCCUAUCUGAAGAUCCUCUGCCCCUCCAGGUCCUGGAGCCCUCUCAACCUCCGAGGCGCCCCCAGCCCAGCCCCCACCCCCGGCCUUCAUCAGCAUGCAGGCUCAGGCCGCCUAAACACAAGGGGAUUGUUCUCUUCGCAUGCUCUGGGUCCGGGGCUGGGAGCAGGCGGCCCACACACCCUGGCAGGCCCAGGCCACUGGGAGGCUGGCUUGCCCCACCCUGUGUCCCCAGACAGGCUCUGUGCACUCUCGCUGCUCCCAUCACUGCCCCCCUGGUGCUUGAUCCCUGGAGGAAGGCGCUCCAGGCUGCACAGGUGGACCCCCAGGGUUCCCAGCUCCUCCAGUGGCUUCCCACAUCGCCUGCCUUCCUGGCUUGACUGGGGAGACUUCCAGCUGUGACAGGCUGAGGCCACCUCCCUGCCGUGCAGCCCGUCCCACACGCCAACUCUCCUUCCAGUACCCCUUCUCCAGAGGGUGAGGCCACUUUGCAAAAUUCAUAUCCCCCCUGGAGGCCAUAGACCCCAGGAACACAGCAGGGGCAGGGGCUGGCGGUGCCACGGAAGAGCUGGGGGUCCUGUGUGGUGCGUCCCUCACUGCUCCCCUGGGAUCCUCAGCCCCAGGGCCCCUGAACCUGAUGGUUCCUAGUGUCCCCGGCCCGUGUGAGCCCCAGUUCUCCCUGCAUGUUCAGCCCGGUUCUGUCUCAAGUUUCUGUCCUGGAGCUCUCUGGACUGGAAAGACAGGCUCGGACACGGGACUGCUCUGCGUUGCAGCCGUCUCCCCGAGGGGCGCGGGGCCACAGUGAUUCCAUCUCCCUGGGAAAGCUGGGGAGGGCUCUGCCCAGGAGGGGCACUUCUGAGAGUGGGGAGGCCGGGCAUCUGAGGCUGGGAUCAGCUGGGACAGAGGCUGGAGGUUCUAGGUGUGUUCUGCAGCCUGGUGUGUAUGGGGGAUGGGGUAGAGAUGAGCCAGGUCAGCAGGGGCCAGACCAUGAAGGCCUCGAUUGUUUGUCCAUGGAGAUCAGACUUCGUUUCUUGGGCACUGGGGAUCCAUGGAUGGCUGUUGAGUAGUAGAUAGCGUGUAGCCUCCAGCAUGGAGAAUGGAUGCUAGAGACCUUUCUCAACUUGGGUGAGGCAGCAGGGAUUGGGUACCAGUGACCAAGGCUGUGCCGUGAGGCUGUGGCCUCCUCUGGGAGCCUAGCCUGGGCCUGGGCCUGCCUUGGUUUCUCUUAGCUACGAAGACUCAGGGUGCUGCCUAGUGACACUGUGAGGACGACGUAGCAUUUCUGAUCUGGUUCCUUCUCUGCCUGGCGCUUUGUUUAUGAGACGGACCCGAAUCAGAGAACAGGGGCUGGAGCUUGUGGCCCCCAGGCUGCUCCUCUGGAGGCCCUGUCUCCCCCUCCUGCCUCCGGAAGUGGGCAUGAUCGAGGCUGGGUGCGUGGCCUGAGGCCUGGGUUUCAGGGGCCUGAUGGGGCAGGGUGAGCAUCUCCAGAGAAGGGGAUGGGCAGGGGAGCCCGGAUCCCUGGCCGCCGAGCCCUCCAGCCCCAUUGCCACACCCUGCCUCUGCUGAUGCUCCGAGCCAUUCCUCAGCAUCACUGGGUGUGGCCAGCGCAACCGCUUUUGGAGUGGGAAUAGGAGAAGGUGGCUGCUAGGUUGGAAGCUGGGGGUGGUGAGGGGGAUGCUGGGAGAUGUGGAAUGAAGCUGGAGACGGUACCCCCCCCAGCCCAGGUGGGUCCGCAGGCAGGCCCUAGCUGGCCGGACAGUGGCCAGAGCAGCCCAGGGAAUCCCCUGAGGGGCGCGGGCUACUUGAGUUGCCUGGCCCCAGGAGCCCUCCCCUCCCUGGGAUUGUUCUUGCUCCAGAACAAAGCCAGGGUGGACACUUGAUCCCUGCGUGUGGGGGGAGCUGGCUAAGCCCCCGGCCCUUUGAUUGGGCAGCUGUCAUGGGAGAGAGACAGCUGGGGGGGAGGGGCAGGAAGGGGGCAGCCGCCAUCGCUUACACAGCUGUCACCACCCUCCCCACCCUCUCCAGCCCGAGUGGCAGGAAGCCAGGGACAGAAGGAGUGGGCACCGGGACUGGGGAGGGGGCCUGGGGCGCAGGAGGGGAGGCCCGAGGUCAGAGGCCCUGUCUGAGCUUGUUAUGUUCUGCCUGGGAGCCCUGCUGACCAGAGGGGGCUGGGCACCGUCGGAGGUGAGCUGGAGGUCAGUGUGGCAUGAUGUGCGGCUGCCACGUGGGUGGCCCAGCAGGGACCCACCAGACAGGAGCCGCAGAGAGUCAGGGAGCCAGGGACACCCAGCGGCGCUGCUCCUUCUUGGGGCUCGAGGAGAAUUUGGGAAAUGUGGGUCAGGGCCCCUUGUUCUCUCCUGUAGGCAGAAAGCACCCUCAGGGUCUCUGGGAAGGGGAGGGCACAGGCCAGCAAUCCUCCUCCCACCCUCAGCCUCCAAACAUAGCACAGGUGGGUGGACCGAGAGCCUGGCCAGGUCAUUCACUCAACUGGGGCGGCGGGUCUGUACCGUGGCAGGUGCUCCGGGCCUGGCUGUGUUCCAGCCCCUGCCCUUUUUGUCCUGGGGCCGCAAGAGGAGAUGUGGAGUUGAUGUGGGGACAGUGUCAGGGUUCUCACUGGUUGGCAUCCCAAAGGGGUCUGUGAGCCCCAGAAAACUGGAGCUUAAGACAGUGGCCCUGGACACGUUGUCAGCCCUCUGCAGACAGGCUCAUGGCUGCUAGGCAGGCAGAGGGCCCUCGGAGAUGGCCGAAGCCUGCAGCUGGUCCCCGAGGACGACUAACGGACCCCACAGGAACAGCCUGAAUGGGAGCACGUGGUGGGGCCGGGACAGCCUGGAGAGCAGGCAGGACCCUGCCACCCCCUCCUCUCUGACCGUCUCAGCAUCAGCUUCCCUUGCCAGGCAGGGCGUUCCCGGGGACGCUCACCAGCGUGUUCUGAACAGAGCCCCGAGGACACAAGAAGGCAGCAGGCAGCCUUGGCUCCUGCUCUCAGGGGCUCCCGGGCUUGGCUGUCCGGGAGGCUGAAAGCAAGCACGUCAUCACACGCGCUUUGAUGGGGGAAGUGCAGGCAGCCAGGGGAAUGUGGAGCAAGGGCAGCCAGCACGGGGCUGGCCAGGAUGCUCGGCGAGCACAGUGCCCACAUCCAUGGCUGCUCUGCAGCCUCUGGAGAGCCUGGGGCAGAACUGGACGGGAAAGAGGAGCAGGUGCGGGGGGGAGGAGGGAAUAGGGUUGUCCUGGCCAUGAGUGGGCCCAGAAGCAGAGAUCCCCAGAACCAGGCGGGAGUGCCCCCUUCCAUUCCAUGGCCAAACCCUGGCUAGCAAGGGGAUCGGGCAGAGCUCACGCCCUUGACCCUCGUGUCAGGAUGGGCAGAGGCCUCCGUGUGUGCCAAGCCCAGCACUCAUCCUUUGCCCUCACACCCUCCUGGGCAGAAAGCAUUUGUAGGGUGAUAGCUCAGUCUUGGCCCAGACUUGGCACCAGCUGGUCACACUCCCCGUCCUCCUCCUUGGGUUCUGGUCCCCCAGUGAGCUGCCCAUCAAGGCUGAGCCUUGGCAGGAGACAGCCUUCAAAGGAGAGGGAUUUCCAAGCAGGAUUAAGGUUCAGGAUUAAGCUGGGGCUUGAAAAGGGGUCGGGCGGGGAGGGCUGGCGGCUGAGCUAAUCCCAGCAGCUAAUCGCAGGCUCCACCCUCCAGCACCGGUUAGUGGCCGUGACAUUCCUACGGCCCACCACCCACCGAACCCCUUUCUUACCCAGCACCCAGUCCUAGGGGCAGCGGCUCCCUCUGUGUUCUUUGGGGAAAGAAAUUGAGACUCAGACCCCAAGUGCCUUGUUUCAGGUACUGUAGAAAGUGUUCCAGGCUGGGAGUGUGGCCAGCCCGGAUCCUGCUCGCCUCCUGUCCCCAGGGCCACCCGAGCACGCAGGAGAGGGAUUAGGACACCACAGUGCGCGCCGUGGGCCCCUGAUACCCUGUGCCCCAGCCCUGUGGUGUUUGAGGGGAGCUUCUGCUCCAGUGCCCUCUGGCAGACCGGGUCACCUCUGCAGGUAGGGCUGACGGGACCUCCUAACCUCACUGCCCUCGGCCUCCUGCCGCGCCUGCUGCUUUCUGCUCCAGGCAGCAGGGCCUGGGCCCUGGACACGAGGCCCUCUUUGCAGCCAGCUUGCAACCUUCCCUCCGCCUUCAAGGCCCGAUCCACAGGAGUGCCCUAGAUGUGGCACGCGUGGCUGUCCUCUCUGGCCUCCCACAGACCCAGUGAGUGCGUCCCUGCUCCUGACGGGGGAGGGAAGGGAAGCACGCGCCCAGAGACGGGCCCCUGCCCUCAGUGUGCUUCUCAGGGGUGGGAACUGGUUCUCCCUUUUGCAGAUGGCUAAGCUGAGGCUUGGAGGGGUCAGGGACCCGUCCAGGGCCACACGGCUGGUGAAGUGCACCUAAGCAUGGCUGUUGGGGGACAGCCAGGCUGUCUCCUUGCUCUGGGAUGUGGGAUUGCCCUCACCCCUCUUCCGCUGCCCCCACAGAGCCGGCCAGGCCACAGCGUGGACACUGUCCCAGGCCACUGUGGCCCCAGCCCCGCCUGACAGGAUGAGCGGCUCAGACGCGGGGCUGGAGGAAGAGCCGGAGCUCAGCAUCACGCUCACGCUGCGGAUGCUGAUGCACGGGAAGGAGGUGGGCAGUAUAAUCGGGAAGAAGGGAGAGACUGUAAAGCGGAUCAGGGAGCAGAGCAGUGCCCGGAUCACCAUCUCCGAGGGCUCCUGCCCCGAGCGCAUCACCACCAUCACUGGGUCCACAGCCGCUGUCUUCCACGCCGUCUCCAUGAUCGCCUUCAAGCUAGAUGAGGACCUCUGUGCUGCUCCUGCAAAUGGUGGGAACGUCUCCAGGCCUCCCGUGACCUUGCGCCUCGUCAUCCCUGCCAGCCAGUGUGGCUCGCUGAUCGGGAAGGCAGGCACCAAGAUCAAGGAGAUCCGAGAGACCACGGGUGCUCAGGUGCAGGUGGCGGGGGACUUGCUCCCCAAUUCCACAGAGCGUGCUGUCACCGUGUCUGGGGUGCCUGAUGCCAUUAUCCUGUGUGUGCGGCAGAUCUGUGCUGUUAUCCUGGAGUCCCCACCCAAAGGAGCCACCAUCCCCUACCAUCCAAGCCUCUCCCUGGGUACGGUCCUCCUGUCUGCCAACCAGGGCUUCCCCGUCCAGGGUCAGUACGGGGCUGUGACCCCAGCUGAGGUCACCAAGCUCCAGCAGCUCUCAGGCCACGCAGUCCCCUUUGCCUCCCCUAGCGUGGUGCCAGGACUGGAUCCCGGCACACAGACCAGCUCGCAGGAAUUCCUGGUCCCCAAUGACCUGAUCGGCUGUGUGAUCGGGCGCCAGGGCAGCAAGAUCAGUGAGAUCCGGCAGAUGUCGGGGGCACACAUCAAGAUCGGGAAUCAAGCCGAGGGCGCUGGCGAGCGGCACGUGACCAUCACCGGCUCGCCCGUCUCCAUCGCCCUGGCCCAGUACCUCAUCACUGCCUGUCUAGAGACGGCCAAGUCUACCUCUGGGGGGACGCCUGGCUCAACCCCCGCAGACCUGUCCGCCCCCUUCUCGCCGCCCCUGACGGCCCUGCCCACGGCUCCCCCAGGCCUGCUGGGCACGCCCUACGCCAUCUCCCUCUCCAACUUCAUCGGCCUCAAGCCCGUGCCCUUCUUGGCUCUACCGCCCGCCUCCCCAGGGCCACCGCCGGGCUUGGCGGCCUACACUGCCAAGAUGGCCGCGGCCAAUGGGAGCAAGAAAGCCGAGCGGCAGAAAUUCUCCCCCUACUGAGGCCGCCGGAGCCACAGGCAGGGGCAGGUGGGCCCGCCGGCCGGGGGGCUGCCCUGGCACCCUGCCUGCCCCAGGAGACUCCACCCAGGGCUCCCAGAUGCCGCUAACGCCAGACGCAUGGAUGCACUCCCUCCCCUGCCUGGGUCUGUGCGAUUCCUUAGCCCACAGCAGGUGCAGUUCCUGGCCCAGGGCUCCGGGAGCUGUGGCAGCCCCAGGGCAGGGGCCCCCAUCCCCUCGGCUCUGUGCUCAGAUGCAGGGAGCAGCCAGGGGCCUCUCUGGUGUCCCCACCACGGUGGGGAGUCACUCCUGCACACCCCACCCCUCUGGGCUUCCGGCCUCCUGCCCGCUGUGGGGCUCAGGGAGGAGAGCGUGGGGGUGGCUGGAGCCGUGCUUCUGUCCCCGCCUCCUGCGGGUCCCUGCUGCUCCCCCCCGCGCCCUGUGACUGGAAUGGACUGGCUGGGCUUGCCUUUGGGCAGCCCGGGGAGGGGGCUCUGCUGGGAGCCGGGGCAGUGGCAUGGGGGCAGGGGCCCAGUUCGGAGCAGCAGACACUGUACAGUUUUUUUCAAUCCCUGUUUUUGAAUAAACAUUCUCAGCGA